AUGUCCCUAAAGCCAGCUCUCAUUGGCCUCCUACUCUUGGGCUGGGGCCUGGAAAGAGGAAGAAGCUGCCCAGGGUUGGGCCAGCACGCCGUGCACUUUGACCCCGGCUCCUUGCCAGCACGGCUGCUAACAGACUGCCACUUGAGUGUGCUUGCAGGCACUCCCAGAGUGGCCAUGGAAGGAACUGGGCCUUACACCAUCCACCUUCAUACUGCCUCCUGGCCAGCUGCCCACCUUAGUGCCAGGUGGGAGAGAGAGAGUGGAAAACCCAGCCUCUUCCAGGUGGCAGUCGGAAGGCAUUUUGUUUUUGUUUCUGUUGUCAUUUGUGUAAAUACUAGUCUUUUUUUGGAAAAAAAAUAA